GCUGUUGUUCUGAUCUCUGCUGAUCUGUGUUUAAACGUGUUGGGUUAACUCUUCAAGCAACAAGAAAAUCUUGGCAAAACUCGACUGACAAGAGAGUUCGUACACUGCAAUUCCAUCUAUCUUACAGCUUGCACAACAUGACCGGAAAAGCUGUUUUCCUGGCAGCAUUACUGCUUACCACUUUGCUCGUCUCUGCCGUCCAAUGCGUGAAACCACCAGUGACAACAACCCCGCCAACCCCGCCGGCCCCACCUUCGGAAAACUUGCCUCCUGAGGAAUUCUUCCUUCUGGAGAGCCUCACUUUCUGCGCGCCCCCAAGCAAGUUCGUAUCACCCACUCUUCGCAAUGGUGGAAAGCGUGUUUGUGCAGUGUCCAUGAGCUCGGUUCAGAACAAUGAUAACCCAUUGGUUACAGCAUUCAAGAAAGCUUACAUCUCGUUAGAGGAAAUCCUUGUUGGCAUCACCCAAGGACCCUCCAUGGCAAGUGCAGCACACCUGCUUGAAGAAGACAGGCUCUUGGGGUCGCGCAGGUUGGCAAGAGCCAAGAAAUCAAUCAUGAACCGCAUUGCCACCUUGAAGAACAAUGAAGAAGAUACAGCCAGCAUGGCUGAUAUGUACGGUGGAUUUUACUCCCCAAAAAUCAAACCUGAGAAGCACGUACCCUGGGAAGAGAAUGUGUUUGAGAGUGGAACAAGGCUAAUGAAGACCGCAAAGCUUGGCGAUUGUUAUGGACCUACAUUCUCUGAGGACACGUCGCAACUCGAGCUCUCUGGAGGAUAUUUUGAGGGUGACGGAGAAGCGGAGUCAAUCGUUGCGAAACACCAUCAAAACAAGGAAUCGAAGGUAAGAAAUCGAGCUGAAUAUUUUCCUACACUGACAAUAUUUGUGUACUCAGUAUAGCGCUUCGAAAUUGCGUGAAAAGUAUGGAACCAAGAUUGUUGAGUAGCUUGUAUACAAACUAAAGUGUGAUUCGGCUCAUUGUGUGAAAACAUGAAUUUCAAG